AGUUAAAGAGUUGGAGGAAAAACCAUGGGAGACUCCGGAGAUAGAAGCAAGAAAGGAUUUGAAGACACAGGAUUGGAUCUUCCACCGAACAAGCAUGGAAAUUUGAUCAGUGCUUCAUCCGAUGAAAGUCUCAACGACAUUCUUCUUCGUAUCAAGUCCUCCAAAACUCCCACUGUUAUCAAUUAUGGAGCCUCAUGGUGCGGUGUUUGUAGCCAGAUCCUUCCUGCAUUUUGCAAGUUGAGCAACCAGUUUCCAAAGCUAUCUUUCGUUUAUGCAGAUAUCGAUGAAUGCCCCGAAACAACGCAGCAUAUUCGUUACACUCCCACAUUUCAUUUUUAUCGAGAUGGCAAAAGAGUGGAUGAGAUGUUCGGUGCCGGUGAAGAGCGGCUGCACGAUCGUUUGUUGGUACAUUCAUAAAAGAAUUAUGUUCAUUUGCUGUCCUUGAGGUAAUUUUAUGAUUACAUCUUCUGUGAAAUGGCAACAAAUACGAAUGACUAUCAUUGAGCAAAGCAUAGUAGCACAAAUGGUGUUCUUCAUUA